GGCGGGAUUACGCGGCAGUGGGCGGGAUCUAGUGUGGGCGGCUCUACACCGCAGGCGUUCACUGCGCUCAGAGAGGAAGCCUGCAGCGGACGCAACACGCCGAACAGGUCCAUCUGUGUUUCUCGCUCUUCCUCUGUGCUACACGCUGAAGAACAGGAUCCUACACGCAGAUCUCAUCAGGUGUUUGUCCCACUGAGAGACUCUUCAGGGUCCUGAAGCCACCUCCUAGAUACGCCACCAAUCAUCGCUGGAGUACCACCACCUAGACAGGAGUAAGGAGUGACCCCCUCCCCUCUAGUUCAGAUGGCAGAUGGUCGACAGCCUGAGGACAGUGGCCCCCAGUGGUCAUCUCCAGGAGCCCAGGGCUCAUCCUCCCCAGGUGGGCAUGGGGAGAACGGCUUCUCUUCUACCUACAGGACUUGCCAGCCUGGCGAUGCCCAUGCUGGUUCUGCCUCCUCCUACGCCAAAGAGAACGGCUUCAACGGAGACCUCACCUCUGGACACGCUGUGACUGCUGAGCAAGUAUCAGCGCGGAUCGUGCAGGAGGUUACGGCUGAAGCAGUAGCAGUACUGAAGGGAGAGCAGGAGCUGCAUCCGGACACUGCUGUCAGGCUGCCAUCAGUGGAGGACUCUGCAAACCUGCCACCCUCACCUCCUCCGUCCCCAGCAGCAGAGCAUUUUGGGCCUUUGGAUCAAGAUGUAGGGGAUGAGGAGGAAGCAGGUCCUCUCCGCUUCUUCCAAAAUUCUCGCGAGAGGUGCAAGUUCCUCGCCCCCUCCAUCUCAGUGUCUGUGCCUGAGGAUGACCCCUACCACUCUGACGAGGAAUACUAUGAGCACCCUUUAUUCAGCCCAGAGUGGACGCGCUCUGGCUCUCGCCCCCCAGGGCAGGCCGCCGCGUUUAGACAGAUUGAAGAGGAGACUAUAGAGAGUCUCUCAGCUGCGGAGGAGGAAGAGGAGGAGAAUUCAGAAGCCGCAGCAACAGCAGCAGCUCUAGAGGAAGAGGAGGAAGAGGAGCAGUGGAGUGGGGAGGAGCCUGAGCAGGAACCUCCAACUGAGCUCCUAGAGCGGGCAGAGGUCAUAGGCGAGGCCCAGGCUCUGCCCGGCCUGCAGGCUGAGGUUCACACACAGGCAGCUACUGUUGCCAACGAGGCCCCUAAUGGGGAAGCUGAGGAGGCAGGGGGGCAAGAAAGCCCUGCAGAAGCUGUGAAGAUGGAAGCAGAGCGACUAGACAGUGAGAGGACAGAUCCCAUUGGCAUGGACUUCACUGAAUCUGCAAUGGAUCCAGAUGAUGAUCUCCCAUCUUACCAGAGCCUUGCCAGAGACACAGAUAUGCCGGAAAGCCCCUUUGCUCGAACAUGCCCCAUGGAGGAUUUUGAAGACCCUCCAAGUUACCAGGGUCUUGCCAAAGAACCUUGCGAGGCUCCAACUGAAAAGCCUGAUGGACAAAGCGGUGCUGUGAAACAGCCAUCAACCGAAACGUGUGACUCAAGCAAUAUCCAUGAGGUCAAACCAGGGCAGAUUCAAGACAAACAAUUGGAAAUAACAACAGAGGGGGACAUGAAGGACAAAUCUGGCAUGUCUGCUUAUUUUGAGACCACUACAGUUAAGACAGAUGCCUCCAGGUCUCAAGGAGAGGGGUAUUAUGAGCUGAGUACUACAUCAGAAGAACAAAAGGACUCUAUUGGUAACCUACCACUUCCUGAAAUCAGCUACAGCACCUUGGCUCAAGAACACUCUUUGGAAGUCCAACCAGAUCUUCCAAAAAGUAAUGCAGACACAUUACAUACCACUUCAACUGUAGACACAAGAGAUGACUGCAGACUGUCUCCUGGAAAACUGUCUCUAGAGCAACGAAGUUACUCUUUAAAUAUCACCAUUGGGGCAAUGGAUCAUGGUGAUGCCCAAGGACGUCCAAGAAACUUCUCUCCGUUAGCCACUGACAUCAUGUCUCAUACUAGUGGGAGCCUUGAUGAAUCUGCUGAUUACCUUCCUGUCACCACUCCCUCUGUAGAGAAGCUUCCUCAGUUUCCACCACUGAUUCUGGAGACAACUGCCUCUGUCACAACUCCAUCAUUUUCACCUCCCCAGACAACAGUCACUGAUGUAAACACAAGUCCACAGACGGAGUCUCCAGAAUCACCUGUCCAAGCUAAGAGCUGUUACAAGAACGGCACCGUCAUGGCCCCAGACCUACCUGAAAUGCUGGAUUUGGCAGGUGCCCCAUCAAGGUUGACGUCUGACAACACAGACUCAGAGAUUAUGAGGAGGAAGUCCGUCCCAAUGGACAUGUCUUCUCUAGUAAGUGAUUCUUUUGCACAUUUGUUCAAAGGUGACCAGGGCCAGAUGGCUACAAAGAGAGAAAUGCAGUUGGAGGAGCAAGGAUAUUGUGUCUUUAGUGAAUACUCUGGUCCCAUGCCAUCGCCUGCGGAUGUGCACAGCCCAAUGGAUGCUUCUUCUCAAAUAUUUAAAACUGUGAUAUCAGAGGAGAAGGAAACUGGUCUUGUUGCAUUUGGACAACAGGAGGGUCUAUUGACUGAAGAUCUGAGAGCAACAGAGGUUGUUACACCACAGGCAAAACCAGAAGAAGAAAAGCCAAGGAAUGAAGAUUCCAUUAAAAUCGAAAGCGCACCUUCUGAAAAAACUUCUGGAGAGACCAAUCAAGAAGAGUCUGAUCAUUUGAAGACUGAACCUUUGGAAGAAACCAAGAGUCCAACUUUACCUGAUAAUGAGAAAGGACAGCUAGACAAACAAGCUGAAACCUUUAUCACACCAAAGGUGACAGUUACUCUUGAUGAAGCAAAGCCUGAUCUUGAUGCAGAUUCCAAACUUGCAGCUGAAACCGAAGCUGAAAUAGCUGACUAUGAGAGGCAAAUUCGCAAAUUGGAGAUGGAGGACCGACCUUUGAGUGUAGAGGAGGAAAGGGAGCUCCAGGAACUCAGGGAGAAGGUGAAGAAUAAACCAGACCUUGUACAUCAGGAAGCUUAUGAAGAGGUGGAUGCAGAGGAUGUCUACCAGCUCACUGGAGCUGCAAAGGACAGAAUUGCUCGGCCCAUCAGACCAUCCCCAGCAUCUUCUGUAGAAAGUGCUACUGACGAGGAGAAAAUGCAUGUUGGUGACACUGAAAAACCUAGAUCACCAGGUGAGAAGGAGGCUCUUAAAACAGAUCCUAAUAGACUAUCUCCUGUUGGGUCUUUUGAGAAAUAUUUUAGAGAGGAGAGACCUUCUGUGCAGGAGGUAAAGCAGAAAGACUCAGUGCAGCCCCUCAACGAGAAAGUUGCUGAGGAGAAACCUCAGCCAGCUCCUUUAAAGACAGACGAGGCUCCUCUUGACACCACAGUGACUCAAGAAGUAGAGGAAGAGGUAGAGUUUGCUGAGGAGCCUGAUGAGAUCAUGCCAGAACCAAAACCAGCACUUAAUGUUGAAGAGAAGCCGGUGGUAGAUAAAACUGAACCAGAUGAGGAUGUAGAUGAAAACAAGAAGGAAAAAGUGGCUGAGAAAGAAGAAGGGGAAGACGAUGAAGUCUUGGAAGGGGCCAAGGCUGCAGAAGACACUGUUGAGCCUAGAGCUGCGAUUGAGUCAAUAGUAACAGUGGAAGAUGAUUUUAUUACGGUAGUGCAGACCAUUGAUGAGAGUGAAGUCUCUGGACACAGUGUACGGUUCUCAGCUCCCUCUGAGGAGCAACAUCCACAGCUCCUCCAAGAGGAGGAGGAGGAGGCUGUGGAAAUGGCACAGGAAGUAGAGAUGGAGGCUCCCAGUUUGGAGGAAGUUGUAGAUGUUCCAGAACCUGUCGAGCCUCCUGUAUAUCCAGCUAAAGAGAUAGAAGUACCAGAGAGUGAGGCCCCAACUCAAAGCUAUGAUGACUACAAAGAUGAAACUACCAUGGAUGACUCCAUCUUAGACAGCUCCUGGAUGGAUACUCAAGAUGAUGAUAAGAGCAUGGCCACAGAGAAAAUUGAGCCUCUACCCAGAAUGAUGAGCCCUGUCAAGAAACCACACGUAGAGAAAUCAGCGAAACAGAGGGCUAAAGGUGGCAGGGUCAAAGGACGAAUCACCACCCCUGAACGCAAACCUGUUCGCAAGGAGCCAGUACCCAUCCAAAAGGAUGAGAUGAAGAAGAAAAAAGCUGUGAUUAAGAAGGCUGAGCUCACAAAAAAAUCUGAUAUUCAGACGUACUCUCCUUCCCGGAAGAGUGUUUUAAAGUCUACCGUAAGGCACCCUAGACCUACCCAACAUCACCCAUGUGUUAAGCGGAAACCCACAGUGUCUGCAGAUGGUCGACUGCCCUUCAGUGUGGCCAGGCACUCCAGAGACCGUGCAUCUACCUCCAAUCCCACAACACUAACAAAGAUCCCCACCUCUAAAAUUCGGGCAGAGGCUUUGCUGCCAGCCCGGCCGAACUCGGCAAGCUCUUCCAAUAAAAGGAGCCCGUUGGUGGAGGCAGGUCUUUAUGAGCCCCGCCCUUCUUCAGCAGGCCCAAAACUAUUGCUAAAUUCAUAUGCUGUAAAGGAUGGUGGUUCUCGCAGCCCAGAGAAGAGGUCGUCCCUUCCACGUCCAGCAUCCAUACUAACCCGCCGCCCACACAUGGCUGAUCAUGAGGAGAGUUCCACUUCCAUUACCAGCUCUGGGUCAACAGCACCACGCAGACCCACAUCUUUCCGUACUGAAGUCAAAGCACAGCACAGGACAGGCAGGUCUCAUAGCAUGACAGCCGUAGAGACUACUCGGUCCCGCUCGGCCCGCAGUGGCACCUCCACACCCCGCACGCCCGGGUCCACUGCCAUCACCCCUGGAACCCCUCCCAGCUACUCCUGCCGUACUCCAGGUACCCCCCACACACCGGGCACCCCCAGAUCUCUCAGCCUGCUGUCCCAGGAAAAGAAAGUGGCCAUCAUCCGAACUCCUCCAAAAUCCCCGGCGACUACACCCAAACAGUUGCGCGUCAUUAACCAGCCACUGCCUGACCUCAAGAACGUCAAAUCCAAGAUCCGUUCUAUUGACAACAUCAAGUACCAGCCCAAGGGGGGCCAGAUUCAAAUUUUAAACAUGAAGCUGGACUUCAGUCACAUACAGUCAAAGUGCAGAUCCAAGGAUAAUCUGAAGCAUUCGCCCCAUGGAGGCAAUGUUCAAAUUCAGUCUAAGAAGAUUGAUCUUAGUCAUGUGACUUCCAAGUGUGGAUCAUUGGACAACAUCCGUCACAGGCCAGGUGGUGGUAACGUGCGCAUUGAGAGUGUGAAGCUGGGCUUCAGAGAAAAAGCCCAUGCGAAGGUGGGCUCCCUGGAAAAUGCCCACCAUACACCUGGAGGAGGACAUGUACAGAUCGAAAGCCAUAAGCUGAUUUUCCGUGACGCGGCUAAAGCACGCGUGGAUCACGGAGCGGAGAUUGUGAUGGAGGCGCUCAGGCUGUCGGGUGGCACCUCCCCUCACAGGCACAGCCACAUGUCCUCAUCCGGAAGCAUCAACAUGCUCGAGUCGCCACAGCUGGCCACGCUGGCCGAUGAUGUGACCGCUGCCCUGGCCAAACAAGGCUUGUGAAUCCCCUCAAAACAUCUCAGUUCAACUUUCCCCUCUGUUCAGUCUCCAGUAGUCCCCAUCAGUGGUGUCACAGUUCACAUUUCCUCCCUCUGGUAUUUAUGGAAGACUACAGAUUCACUUCCCAUAUUCACACUUUCCUCUCCAUCAACCAACAAUCUUGCAGACCCUUGUUGUGACUAUCUGAAUUGGAAAAAAAUUAGAUUUUUUUGUUGUUGUUCAUUUUAAUGAAUAAUGACUUAGCUAGAGAGGUACCAGUGCUUUUUAUUACCCAUGUUACUUGUGACUUUUUAUGGUUGUGUACAGACAGUGGCCUCAAAUGCUGGUUUAGGGUCAGCGUCAGGUGUGUUGCGUAAAAAAAUAGGUUGAUCAGAAUUUUUUAUAAUUGGGAAUGUGGCGCGACAAUAUCAUGCUGCACGUGUUAUUUUGCCCAUUCAGUGCAUGGACUCUAAAACAUCUCAACUGAGAGUCACAUACGAUCAAACAUGAAAUACACUAUAAGGGAAUAUAUUUAUAAAUAUGCCAGCUCUUUGUCUCAACAUCUCAUGCUCAAUCAAAAAAAAAAAAAAAAAGGGAAAGAUUACUCCUUAGAUAACUUAUACCUGUACAAUUGCAUAAAAAAACUAGAUCGUAUGACGAGCAUGUAUUCUAGUACACAAAAGAGGCUAUUUUCUAUUUCAAGGGAUUUUAGUAAGUUAUUUGCUGAAACAUUGAAUAAAAAGAACACAUCAUGUUUUGUAGAUACUAGUGACGAUGUUUAGCUUGUACAUUAUUUCGGAUGACCUUCGCUGUAGUUAAGAAACUGUUGCUUCCGUGGAUCUUUGUCGGUACACAGUUUAAGCAGAUUUGUGCUGCGACUUACACAAAACAAUGAUAUUACAGUUACGCAAAGACAUUCAAGGGCUCCAGGUAUACAUGAAUCAUGCAAGAUCUGCUCAAAUUUGCUCAGUCUUGAAAUGUAAACCGUCCCGCCAUUUUUCAGAGUCGAGAUGUAACAGAUCUGUCUCAGCAAGAUGGGUGGUGCUGCGGCCCUCAGUUGAUUCUUGGGACUCUGUCGGUGUGUUAGGCCCUGUGUUUGUUUGCUGAUUCCUGCUUGGAUGCUUAGCUUUCUUUCUUAGGAAGUGGAAAAAGAAACAUUAAGAAGGUUGCUCACUCCGCUUGAAUCUGUUUGUACUCCAGUAUAUUUUUUCUUGUCAUUUGUGGUUGUCCCCUGCCCCUUUUCCUCUAGAACAGCUGUCAUUCGUAGGCUUCUGUGUUUUCUCGGCCCCUCUGAGCCUUACCUACCCUUUCCCUGAUUCCCUCAGCUGCUGUAAAUGUAUUUAAAAGGUCACAUAGAUGUACGCAGUUUUUCUCCUGUUGGUAUGAUACGGAUUAUAAAUGCCCUUAACAGUUAUGACAAUAAAAAUACAGAAAAUGAACAAAA